AAGAAGAGGAGGUGGAGGUUAUCCGGUUUCUUCUAGAGUUUCUGCUGGAGAUCAAACUCUUCAGAUCCAUCAUGGAGGACACACACACUUCUGGAGAUCAGGAUUUGUGUACAGGAUGCAGCUCACGUAAGAGGAAGAGAGCAGAAGGAGAGCCCAGCUGUGUGUCUGUGAAGAGUGACUGGUCUAUGGAUCCACCAAUAUAUUUUAAGAGUGGAAACACAGGACCUGCUGUCAGUUCACGUAGGAGGAAGAGAGCAGAUGCAGAGCCCAGCUGUGUGUCUAUGAAGAGUGAUGUGUCUAUGGAGCGACCAAUACAUUUUAAGAGUGGAAACACACAACCUGCUGUCAGUGUGGAUAGAGAAGAUCAGACUGGAGACCUGCAGCAGGAUUCACUCCAACCAGAACAUGAUGAACUCCAGAGAGUCAAAGAGCAGCACAAAACCAGCAUGAAGAACAGGUAUGAGAGAUUAUUUGAGGGAAUCAACCAUCGAGAGACUCAAACCCUCCUGAACAGGAUCUACACACAGCUCUACAUCAUAGAAGGAGAGAGUGAAGGAGUGAAUGAAGAACAUGAGGUUUUACAGAUGGAGAAAAGAGCCAGAACAAAACCCUCACAACACACUCCAGUCUACUGCAAUGACAUCUUUAAAGCCUCAGCUGGAGCAGGACAUGAGGAGAAGAUCAAGAAGAAGAAAGCCCAGAUCAAGACUGUUCUCACUAAAGGCAUCGCUGGAAUCGGGAAAACCGUCUCUGUGCAGAAGUUCAUUCUGGACUGGGCCGAGGGAAAAGACAAUCAGGAUGUAGAUUUCAUGUUUGUGCUUCCAUUUCGAGAGCUGAACUUGAUCAGAGAUCAUCAGUACAGUCUUCACAGACUUCUGCUGGACUUUCAUCCUGAACUUGAAGAUCUGGAGCCCAAGAUUUAUGAGCAGUGUAGAGUUGUGCUCAUCUUUGAUGGUCUGGAUGAAAGCAGAAUCACACUCAACUUUUCAGAUGAGGAGAAAGUUUGUGCUGUGACUGAAUCUUCAUCAGUGGCUGUGUUGAUGUGGAGCCUCCUGAAAGGAGAUCUGCUUCCCUCUGCUCUCAUCUGGAUCACCUCCAGACCAGCAGCAGCCCAUCAGAUCCCCUCCAGAUACAUCAACCGUCUGACAGAAUUCAGGGAUUCACUGAGCCUCAGAAGGAGGAAUAUUUCAGGAAGAGAAUCAGCGACGAGCAUCAAGCCAGCAGAAUCAUCUCCCACAUCAGAAGAGCAAGAAGCCUCCAGAUCAUGUGCCACAUACCCGUCUUCUGCUGGAUCUCCUCCACUGUGCUUCAGAAGCUCCUGGAAGAAGAUCUGA